AUGGACUAUCAUAUUAAUUUCGUCACUUCUUGGUUGAAAGAUGGAUCCUCACAUACGGUUGACAUACUUACUAUUUAUGGUAUAGGCGGGAUCGGGAAAACAUCUUUAGCCAAACAUGUGUAUGGGCUAUAUUCUUGUGAAUUCGACACAAGCAGCUAUAUUGAAGAUAUCACAAGGAAAUGUGAUGGAAAGUUUAAUGGGUUGCUAGAUUUACAAGAACAACUCUACAAUGACAUUUCAAAAACAAGUUCAAUGAAAGUUCAUGAUGUGUCAGUAUACACCACAAAGAUAGAGAAAGCACUAGCCCGUAAAAGGAUCCUUCUAGUUCUUGAUGAUAUCAGUACUCUUGUUCAGUUGGAUGCAUUACUCGGAAGCAAAGGUUUUCAUCCGGGAAGCAAAAUUAUAAUUACAACAAAGGACAGUUGGUUGACUGUGAGUUGUGCACUAUUCAAAACAAACAUUAAACCUAAGCAUGUAAAACACUUCCUUGAAGGCUUACAUGAGACUGAAUCAAGACAACUUUUGUGUUUUCAUGCAUUCAUGUGCAACUAUCCCAAGGCAGGUUUUGAAGAGGUGUCAGAUAAGCUUGUGAAGUAUUGUCAAGGACAUCCAUUGGCUCUUGAAGUUUUGGGCAAGUCUCUACAUAAUCGAGAUGUAGCCUAUUGGGACGGGUGCAUAGAAGGGCUAAAGAAAGAAACAAGUUCCCAUAUACAUAAUGUCUUGAGAAUGAGCUUUGAUUCUUUGCCAUCCAACAAUGAUAAGGAGUUGUUUAAGCAUAUUGCUUGUUAUUUUGUUGGAAUAGAUAGGGAUGUUACUGAGACAAUAUUAAAGGCAUGUGAUAUAAACACAAGAUCUGGAAUCACGAAUCUCAUUGAUAGAUGUCUUCUUAGUAUAGGAUGGGAUAACGAAUUGAAGAUGCAUCAGUUGGUUCAAGAAACAGGAAAAUUCGAAGUACGUCAAGAGUCCAUUGACAAACCCUGGAAGCGAAGUCGAAUAUGGUGUCAUAAGGAGUCAUUCAGAGUGUUGAAACAAAAAAAGGGUAAGGGAAAUCUUCUAGGCCUCGCCCUUGACAUGCGAAUGCUUGAGAAAGAGAAAUUGGGUGGAUCAUUUGAGCUGAAAACAGAUGCAUUGAGUAACAUGGAUAGUUUGAUGCUACUACAACUCAAUUAUGUGCUCAUGAAUGGGUCUUAUGAGAACUUUCCUGAAGAAUUAAGAAGUUUGUGUAUGCAUGGGUUUCCUUUGAAGUCUAUACCUUCUGGCUUACCUAUGGGGAAUCUUGUUUCUCUUGACAUGUCAUAUAGCAACAUUGAAUCAUUUGUCGGUUGUUAUAGCAAUCCACAACGGCUUGAGAAGAGGCAAAAGUUGGAUGGAUCAUGCUUAAAAGAUAAAAAGUUGCUCGUAUCAUUGAAGAUUUUGAAUUUAAGUUUCUGUAAACAACUUCGUAGUCUUGGUGAAUUUGACCAACUUCCUGCACUUGAGAGGUUAAUAGUUAGAAAUUGCAUUGGUUUGCUUGAGGUUUGUGAAUCAAUUGAGCGAUGCGUUGACCUUGUCCUUAUUGAUCUGAGCUACUGCAAGAAGCUUGAAAAACUUCCAAGAAACAUAGGCAUGUUAAAGAAUGUUAAAACACUGUUGCUGGAUGGUUGUAAUCUUAGUGGUUCUCAAAUCGAGAAUAGGGAUAUGGAAUCACCAGAAAUUUGCAAGGCUAACAACAUGGUCAUAAACAUAAGAACCUCUUCCUCUGCUUUUAUGGGUUCUAUACCAAGUGAUUUGAAGUUGUUUGCAAUAUCUUUACCCAGGUCUUUAGUAACUUUGUCACUGGCAAAUAACAAUUUGUCCACUGAAUCCUUUCCCAUGGACUUUAGUGGCCUAUCCAUGUUAAAGGAGUUAUAUUUAGAUGGCAAUCCUAUUGCUUCCAUGCCUAGUUGUGUGAGAACUAUUCCAAGGCUUGAGAUACUUAGCAUGCAGAACUGUGAAAAAUUGAAGUCGGUUGAGCAUCCUCCACGUACACUAAGCCGGUUGUUGCUCUUUUCUCAUGGGCGUUCUAUAGAUAAAGUUGUAUUUGAUUCAGAAAUGUCCCCACUCAAGUUAUCACCAUUCCGGAUAGCUUGGCCAUUCGAAAUUGAAGGCAUGAUCAAAAUCCAACCAAUGGUAUGUGUUGAGGAAAAGGUAUUACGUAGCUUGGGCUGGACUAAUCAAGAAUUCAUUAACAAAAGGCUCAUGGGAACUAAUUCUUCGGAAUUUGAAAUAGAGAUGAUGUAUGAAUUUGGAAUAUUCAGCACAUUGUAUGAGGCGGAGGAGAUGCCUAGUUGGUUUAGGCAUAGAAGCUUGGGGCCAUCAAUAUCAUUUACCAUCCCAUCAUCAUCUCCAAAGAAUCUCCUCACAGGACUCAAUUUCUGCUCUUUGCACACAAUGAAACCUACAGAUGAGUGGCCUCUAUUUCCAGAUGAUGUUCUGUUCCCUUUUUCUUCAAUGAUGACAAUUAGUAAUAUAACAAAGAACCUCAUGUGGAUAUACGAACGUCGAAAGGACAGAUAUAUUCCAAAUCAAAAGUGUUGGGUGUUGUUAAGUCAUUGGAUGUUUGGGAGGAAUGAGAUGGAGGCUGGUGACCACGUUACUAUUACUGUUACAGAUCAAAAUGAUGAACUUACAAAGGAGUGUGGGGUGAGUCUUGUGUAUAAUGAUGGAGAAAAAGGAGAAGAAGAUGCAUUGAGUUAUUACAAGUCGUGGAAUCACAUAAUUGGUGGAGAUCUCUCUCAUUUUCAAACAACAACAGGACAAUACAUCCUACUCAACAGACGGUUUUUUAUGUAUGGCAUUUACUUGUCUCCCUAUCAUCGUAAAUUCAUUACAGAUGGCCCCGACUAUCAAGAACAAAAGAAAGGGUCCUGGUUCAGAGCUUUAUCUCAAAGGAAUCCUGGCAUAAUUGGUAACUCACGUAAGGGUAAGGGGGAAUCUUCAAGGUCUCACCCUUCAUGUGAAACUACUUGAGAAAGAGAGGCUGCAUCUAACUGAACUACUCUAAAUCAAAAUAGAUGCAUUUUAAUUUUCCAGAAGCAUUAAGAUGGUUUGAUCGUUGUAGAAUCUGGUACCCAUUUAUGUUAUGGGUUUUUGUUUUCAUAUCUUUAUUAUUAUUAUUAUUUUUAUUUAUGUAUCUUGAAUUACGAAAGAUAGGUGAAAACAAUAUGAAUGGUUUUUGAGCUUAGUUAACACACGUGUAAGGAAUAUGAUUCAAGUCGUCAUGCU